AUGGCAGACCCUUACAACCCAUACACUCAGUACCCCACGCCUACCCCAGGCGGGGUCGGUUAUUACCCGCCAGAGGAGCAGGCCCACCAGCCUGCAUAUGGGUACCAGCAGCAGCCAUACGCGGGCGAAAAUUACGAAAAUGCAGGACCGCAGCAGGUACCACCAAACUACUACGAAUCUCAGCCUCAGUCCAGUUCGUACCACCUUGCUCCAGAGGCUUAUCAAAAUAACGCCUCUGAGAGAAGUUACACACCAACUGGACAUCCAGACUAUCAAGGACCAGUAUCUGGAACCGGGAUUCCACAGGGUGGCAAAACCCCCGAGAAUCUGGGAUACUAUGGUGGCCAUCCAGCCGAUCAGCCACGAUACUCCCCAAUUCCAAGCCCUCAGCCAGCAUCUGUACAGGUUUCAGGAGCUCCAGAACACCCGAAGUACGAUGAGGAUGGUCGCCCGUUGGACGAGGCUGAUGGAGAGACCGAUCGUGGUCUAGGUAGUUCACUUGCAGGUGGUGCGGCUGGAUAUUACUUAGGUCAUAAGAAGGACCAUGGGCUACUUGGUGCAAUUGGUGGUGCGAUCGUUGCGAACUUUGUAGAGCAUAAGGUGAAGGAUCAUCGUGAGAGUUCCUCUGAGAAUCGCCAUGAUGAGAGUAGCCAUGAUGGACACAGUCAUCAUGGACAUCAUCACCACCACCAUCAUCAUGAACAUCGAAGCCGAAGCCAUUCGCGUCACCGGGAGGAUGAUGACUACUAG